AUGGCGUCGAGAAAGUCGAGCCCUCCUGACUCCCUCAUCCCCCUCGCCCACGCGCUCGGUUACUCAGACUACCCACACAGUAACACCGCCUCGCCGUAUCUGAAUUAUAUCUUAAACCAGCACAUUGCACGAACGACGCUGGAAGAAUACCUGUCUCUAUUUCAACGAAUCAUAGCGCAUUUCUCAAUCCCCGAUGUGCUAGAAGACGGGCGGCCACAGCGUGAUAGCAUACAAGUGCUUCUCGACGAGUUGGUCGCCUCCAAUGGCCAAGGCCUAUUCAUCGAUACACCAGCGGGAAGUGUAAUACGGAAGGAGGAUGUUGAGGAUACUGUGCUUUAUAUCUUGGGUGUGUGGACCAUGAUGUUGAGCUCCUUUGUUCGGUUGCCGAACGGGUUCAGGAAGGUCAUUGUGGCGUACAAUCAUCGAGCGCAGAGAAAGGUGACCGGGGAUCACGUGUAUGAAGAUAGCCUGGCAGGAUUGAUACGCGGUAGUGGGCUUCUUCCUUCGCCGGGUAAUUGGAGCCAUGUUGAGCGCCCUGAGAACGACGUCGUGCGUGCAGCAAUGAGCCUGGUUGCUUUGAUAUCCAGCAAAACCCCUCCAGGGCGCAGCUCCCCGGACACCUCCAGAAGUCCCUCGACCUCUUCUCUGUUCGAAGAAUAUGAGUCAACAUUAUGGCAAGGUCAAAUAACCUCCCAAUCACUGGACGACAUGGACUCGCUAGAGUCCUUGGAAAUCAAAGCUACUCGUCUCAAUGCCUUUACAUUGAACGUAUUAGGGGCCGUGGAGAUUUCCUGGACCUUCAAUUUAUCCCGACACUUGGUGUUAUCUAAGCACAGGGGACGCUAUGGGUUGGAAAUUUUUGCUCUCCCGUGCGUGUUCGCUGCUACAACCCUAACCUCAGCUACUGUUGGCAUAGCUCCAGAGCUCGCGCAAGAGAUUCAAGAAUCAUAUCGCAUACUCUUUAAUGCAUGGCCCAAUCCUCCUCUGCAUGCAAAACUCGGUACCCUUCUUGGUGUUCGCAAAAUCUGCUGGUGUUGGUCAUGCUCUGCCUACCGGUAUCGAAAUCGUACGCUAUCGACCCUCAAGAAGAAGUUCAGCUUCAACUCGAGAAGGACAACUCAGAAUCGCGACGUUAUGGCUAAGAGUGAAUUCGAUCCAUUGCUCAUUGAACUCAUGUCUGGUAACUCAACCUCUAAUUGGACAUAUGAUCUCUUCCCAUGCCUUUGGCCGAGAAUCACGAUGUUGGAGGAUCAUCUCCAGCGAGCUAAGCCGUGGAACAUAUGGAUUCUGUUCCGAGACCGGAGGGACACUCUCCAGUUCUGGACUUUUUUUUUCGCUACAGUCGUGGUCAUGUUGACAUUCUUUCAAGUUGCCCUGGGAAUCGCCCAGGUCGUGGGAUCCUUUUUGUGA